GUGAAAGGAGGGAUUUGGAAGGUGACUGGGGAGGGCAGAAGGGUUGGUUGAGAAGAAAUGUGGGGAAUUGGUUAGCCUGAGGGGAAUCCAGUUGAAUGGGUCCUAGAAGAUUUGGGGGAUGUAGAAAGGGCUGAGUUCCCUCUGCUCUCUGGAGGAUUAUCACAUAGAAGUGGGGAUGAGGGGAGAAAACUAAUUCUGGAAAAAUGGAUUCUAGUUCAUGGCAAUUGGCAGGUUUGGGUCUUGGUCUUGGGCUCCCUAUUAACUCUCCUGUGCACUCUGAUGAGUCCUCAGCUGGAGUAAACAAAAAUGAAGUAAACAUAAGUCACGUGAGUUCUAGGGGAAAUGGUCUGUCAGUGCUUAAGGAGAGAGAAGAAAAUCUAGCUAGCUAGCUAAUAAGUGGUGCUUUAAAAUCAAGUGCUUAACAAAUACUUCAAUUUUCUUUGUGGCAGAAUUCCACAGUCGUGUAUUCUUAGGGUUGUUUUUUUUUUUUUAAUCUAGGAAAAAAUUAAAAAGUACAUCCAAGUAUAUUUAUCAGACUCUGUUUUUGAAUGGUGAAAAUAGUGAUAUUAAGAUCUGUGCUCUGGGAGAGGAAUGGAACUUGCACAAGAUAUAUUUGUGUCAGGUAAACAUCACUGUGUGAUAGCAUCACAUAAUGGGCACUCCUUCUGCCGAGAUGGAAAAUCUUGAAUCCUAGUAAAGCACUUUUUUUCACUUCCUUUGGAUGGAAAUCUAUCAAAUACUAGUUUUAUAUGCCUUACACUUUGUUAAAAAAGUCUGGCUACUUUUCCAGCAUGUUCAGUGGUUCUUGGAGGGAGUCUAGCAUGAACAUCAUAGAACUGGAGAUUCCUGACCAGAAUAUUGAUAUAGAAGCUCUGCAGGUAGCCUUUGGCUCACUAUAUAGAGAUGAUGUUUUAAUAAAGCCCAGUCGUGUUGUUGCCCUUCUAGCAGCAGCCUGCAUGCUGCAGCUGGAUGGUUUAAUACAGCAAUGUGGCGAGACAAUGAAGGAAACAAUUAAUGUGAAAACUGUGUGUGGCUAUUACAAUUCAGCAGGGACUUAUGGAUUAGACUCUGUGAAGAAAAAGUGCCUUGAAUGGCUUUUAAAUAACCUGAUGACUCACCAGAGUGUUGAACUCUUCAAAGAACUCAGCAUAAACCUCAUGAAACAGUUGAUCAGCUCUUCUAACCUAUUUGUAAUGCAAGUGGAGAUGGAUGUGUAUACCGCUCUCAAGAAGUGGAUGUUCCUUCAGCUAGUGCCUUCUUGGAACGGACCACUAAAACAACUGUUAACUGAAGCAGAUGCCUGGUUUUCCAAGCGUAGAAAAGAUUUUGAGGAUGACAUUGCAUUCUUAGAAUCUGAGCAAGGAAGAGCAUUCUUGACAGUAUUCAAACACCUGAGAUUGCAAUAUAUCAUCAGUGAUUUGGCAUCAGCAAGCAUCAUUGAGCGAGAUGCCUUAGUACCUUCAGAAUGGUUGUCCUCUGUUUACAAACAGCAGUGGUUUGCCAUGCUCAGAGCAGAACAAGACAAUGAUAUUGGACCUCAAGAAAUCAAUAAAGAAGAACUUGAAGGAAACAGCAUGAGGUGUGGUAGGAAGCUUGGAAAGGAUGGUGAUUACUGCUGGCGAUGGACUGGGUUCAACUUUGGCUUUGACCUGCUCGUCACAUAUACAAAUCGCUACAUCAUUUUCAAACGAAAUACACUGAAUCAGCCGUGCAGUGGGUCAGUCAGUUUGCAGCCACGGAGAAGCAUAGCAUUCAGGUUACGUCUAGCUUCUUUUGACAGCAAUGGGAAACUUAUUUGCAGUAGAACCACAGGAUAUCAGAUACUGACCCUUGAGAAAGAUCAGGAACAAGUAGUAAUGAACUUGGACAGUAGACUUCUGAUUUUUCCUCUGUAUAUCUGCUGUAACUUCUUAUAUACAUCACCAGAGAAGAGAACUGAGAGUGAUGGACUGCUAGACAACCCAGAAAACUGAGACACCCAUUCAGUGGAACACAGUAGCACUUUUAUAAUUGUAUGCCUGCUUUAAGUUAAAUGCCCUGUUGAUGCACAGAGCUAUGACAUAUUAAAAAAGGCCUUAUACUGUAGCAGAUAAAUAUAUAUGUCUACUCUUUAUCCUCAGUGUAUUCCUAUGCAUAUCUGAAACCACAUAGGCUAAAACUAGUUAUACCAUACCUUUUUUUUCUUUUAUUUUCUGUUCUAUGUUACCAGAGAACGUCCAUUCCAAGUUUGUAUGAAAUCUGUACCAGUUUGUUUGGACUUUUUCUGUUGUUGGAAUGGGGAGUGGCACAAGAUCUGAGCCUAACUGAUGAAAGUGAAUCUAUGUGAAUGAAAUGUUACUACCCUUUUUUAUUUGUAAAAUUCCUGGUUACUUGGUUGAUUUGGGUAAAAAAGCUUUCCGUUGCUAGCCACUAGGUUGUGCUCUUUGUAGCAGAACUGUAAAUAGCGAGCUCUAAAUUCCGCUUACUUCAGAGGCCCUUACACCAGGGCUAAAUUUUCGCUUUAAUUUUCUUUAUAGUUUUUUAACUGUUGUACAGUUUUUUUUGAGCCUUCUUAGUUUUUAAGCCUUCCACAUAUCAUAUGUAUAUUUGUUUAUCAUGGUUUUAGACCAUUUUUUUUAAAUGUUGUGGAAAAUAUUUAUCUUCUGUUCACUUUUUAGUCUAACAAUAAGAAAGACAAGUCUGAAAUUUUAAGACAAGUUCAUUCAGAAAUGCAUUGUUUUUGAUGUACUGAGAAGUCUACAAAGGUGUAUUGUCCACCUCUUUGUGAUUAACAUAAUCACAAUUUUCAGCACGGAUUCAAGUUGACUCCUAAUAUAUUUGUGUAUACCAAAUAUCUGUUUUUUUUUAAUUUUUGUAUUUCUGUAUCUCCUUGUUUUAACUUUUUUCAUUGGGAAUCUGUAUCCCACUUAACCUCAGGAACUUGUGACCUUUGAGUGCCUUUUGAGUUACACAUGCUAACACAAACUUCACGUUAGUUAACAAGGUCACAGGGUCCAGAGGAGGAGCUGAGAGCAAGGGAUUCAUUUCCAAGUUGAUGUUUAACUGAUCUCAGUCAAGGAUAAGAUGUACAUGCUAUUGGUUUUGUACAUAUUGGUUUGUUUUUUAUGUUUGUCUAUUGAAUUCCUACUUAUAGAUUUAUGAAUGCAAAGCAAGAACUUGCCUCUUUAGGUACCCUAUUUUUUUAAUGUUACUAUUAUCAGAAAAGGAUAGAACUCUUUGUACACUGUAACAAGGAUACAAAUACAUGUUUAGCAAAAUGAUAAAAACAGUGACAACUUGUGAAUAAAUCAUUUCAAGUGGAUUUAA